UGGCAGGAAGGUGCGGAGGCCUCUCUCCUGGCAGCGGCUCCAGCGCAGGCAGAGGGGAGGCUCCCAAUGUGGCAAGAGAGAGGAGGGCUAAACAGCGGCGGAGAAGGAGGGGGCCAAGCGAGACAAGGGGAACCGCCGCAGCAGCCGCCGCCGCCGAGGAGCUGAGCGGCCUGGACGGGCGAACGGGGGUGGCGAAGCUUCUGCAGCUCUGGCCCCACCGCCUACGCCACCCCCCCGCCGGGCACCUCACGCCUGCCCGGGCGAAGGCGGAGGCGGCGGAGGAAGCCGCCAAGGACGAGGCUCCGGCAGCAGGUCAAAAAAGGGAAGCAAAUCACAGGAUGUCCAUCUAAUGGAGGUCAAUAAGUGUUUUUUAAAAUAUUAUAAUUGAAGAUCAUCAAGGGAAAAUAAUCCCAUUUUGGAGUUUGGUGUUGUUAUUCCAAGACAGAGAAACCUUGCAGCUCCACACAGAACUGGAUUUUCACCCUAGUUUUGCAGCUUUGCUGCUCACUUAAAUACUGAUGAAUGAAGACCCCAUUUGGAAAGGCACCAGGUCAGCGAUCCAGAGCUGAUGCAGGUGUUGGAGGCCAGAUGCCUGUACCUGAGAGUUCUGCUAGUUUCUUGCGUUUGUCACACUAGACAUCCACUGCAAAUGUAGACUGGCACAUUCAUUCUGGAAUGCUCAACAUGGCAAGAGGGACGUAAGAGGGGCAUGCAGGUGUCUCUGCCAACAUGAUGAAGAAAAGAGCUUCCCACAAAAAGCAUCGAAACAACGUGGGACCAAGUAAACCCAUUUCUCAACCCAGAAGAAAUAUUGUAGGCUGCAGAAUACAACAUGGAUGGAAAGAAGGGAGUGGGCCUGUGACACAGUGGAAAGGCACAGUCCUAGACCAGGUUCCUGUAAACCCCUCUCUCUUCCUUAUUAAAUACGAUGGAUUUGAUUGUGUCUAUGGACUAGAACUGCACAAAGAUGAGAGGGUUUCAGCACUUGAAGUCCUUCCAGACCGAGUUGCUUCGUCUCGAAUCAGUGAUGCCCACCUGGCAGACAUAAUGAUUGGCAAAGCAGUAGAGCAUAUGUUUGAGACAGAAGAUGGCUCAAAAGAUGAAUGGAGGGGAAUGGUCUUGGCUCAAGCACCUAUAAUGAAGACAUGGUUUUAUAUCACCUAUGAAAAGGAUCCUGUCUUGUACAUGUACCAGCUCUUAGAUGACUAUAAAGAAGGCGAUCUCCGUAUUAUGCCUGAUUCUAACGAUUCACCUCCAGCAGAGCGGGAGCCUGGAGAAGUUGUGGACAGCCUAGUUGGAAAACAAGUGGAAUAUGCCAAAGAAGAUGGCUCAAAAAGGACUGGCAUGGUCAUUCAUCAAGUUGAAGCCAAACCCUCUGUCUAUUUCAUCAAGUUUGAUGAUGAUUUCCAUAUUUAUGUCUAUGAUUUGGUGAAGACAUCCUAGACGCCACCAUGCAAACUUUUGCCAAACUUGUGGAACCUUGAGUGUAAAAUUUGUAGACACAGAAGACUUAACUGCUUUCCAGUUUAUUUGAAAGCUUAGAUGUCCCUGCGAGCCCACAAUCUCUGCCAGGAAAAUUAUUCCAUUGUGAACUGUACAAAUAGACUUUGAUGUGAACAUGACACAUUUUAUGUAGGGGAAUUCCUUUUCUUAGAGGAAGUCUUGUUGGGGGGGGUGGGGUAUCUGGAUAAAGUUAGGACAAAAAACCAGCAGCUGCAAAUUCAAGCUGUGUAAAAAUCUAGCAAUGUAAUCAUUAAUCUGAUUUCUCCCCCUCCCCCAAUUAUAACUUUCCCUUGGCUUUUCACUUAACUUUUCAACUGCCAAUGCAAGUGUAGCUUGAUAUUAAAUUGCUUUCCUCUAUGUAAUAUUAAGUUUUCUUGUAUUAAACAUAUUACGUCCUUGUUUUGGGGGUUUGGGCAGAGAUGAUUAAAACUAUUUAAGCAGUGUUAAGGAGUGCCUAAACCAAUUAAUAUCAGCAUCCUAUGUUCCAGAUACUAUUACGCUUCUGUUACAUGAGAAUGUUGUACAUUUUAAUUACAGGAUAAUAGAAUAUGGUAUACAUGUGAUGCAGUUGAUAAGAAAAAUGCAGAGCAAGUGUUUAUCAAAUGUAGGACCUGAAUAAAAUUAAAGCAAGGAUGCCUUCAGUUCUCAAUAUUGUUGUUGUAGGAUUUUUUGUUAACUUUUAGCAGAACCCAGGUGCUUGGUGCCGUAGCAGCUUAGUCAUUCAUGUUAACAUUAAAGAAUACUACACAGCAACUAUUGGGUGUCUAUCAAGUCUAGCAACUUAGAUUCUUGUAUGUGGACUAAAAUCUGUUACAUGUAAUGACAAACCUCACAAGAGUCCUCAUACAUUAAAGGCUUGUCUUACCGAGAAAGAAAGUCAUCUGUUGCCUUCUAUUUUGAUAUACUGCAUUCCUUCUUGUUUCCUUAUCUUCUGCUAAAGAAGGCUUCUACCUUUUUUUCUCCUGGCCUUUCUUCUUUGGGUGAGUCCAGACAAGACGUGCAAUUCCAACCUAUUGUCGCCUUUUGUGCUGUACAUUGUAUUUGCUUGAGGUAUGCUGUUUAAUGUGAACUACAUUAAAAGAACACUAGGGCUCUGCAUGCUAAUGGUGCACUAUCUAAUGGAAGCUAGGCAGUCUCCAUGGUUCAGCCAUCUGCAGCCGAAGAUGGAUGUAAAUAAGCCGCCCGCAGCUUCAGAAUUCAUUCUUGGGUCAUUUUUUUUCUUUUUCUUUUUGUAAAGUGGUAGAUUGGCGUGGCAGCUUUUUAAACCAAUCAGUGGAGAAUAUAACCAACCAAUUUGAGGUGGAGCAUUGCAGUGACUGAAGGACUGCUUUGCACAAGUAAAUGAAAACCAAACCUCUUUGCUUAACUACAAGGCUGAGGAGUUUUAGAAAGUGUUGCUGAUCAGCUAUUUGAGGUUAAGUUUACCUCUGGUGUGAGUAUGCAUAUUAAACUACAUGCAAUUUAAACCUUUUUUUUUUUAAAGUUUUGCCUGAAUUCAUAUUGUAGCCUUAAGGCUUGUGCCUCAUUAUGCUCUUUAAUGGUAAUACUCACCGUAUAUAAACAGUAUCUUAAAAUUUCUUGACCAUUGCUACUAUUGCAUUAUGUCCAGUAUUUCAUCACAGGCAACCAAAGGCAAGCUGUUGUCUUUUCCAUGAAGAGCUUUUCCAAUGCAGUUUUUAAGCCCUGAGUACCUGAGUCAUGAUGUUCCUGUGUUCUUGAACAAAGUGAGCAGAUUUGCGACCCAGUGUUUUUCAUCCAGCAGAUCUGUAUGUUUUCUAUUGACUCUUUAGAGUCCUGCAUGUAAAUCUCAAAGCUGAGCCUGGCUCCAUGAGCCCAAGUUGAUAUUUGUGGCACAAGAAUGAGUGUGUAUUAAACAUACACAAGAGAACCACGUAAAUGUAGUACUUUGAAUUGUGGGCUACAUAAACUAUAAAUCCAGAGUAUAUCUCAAGAUACUUGCUAAGGAUUAAGUAGAACGAAAAGAUCAUGUUCAAAGAGCUUGUGAUGAGGGGAUUUCUGCAAGUCUCUUAAUACACCACAUUCUGCCAGUUUAGAGUAAUCUAUAUUCUGUAUAAAUUUUAUGGGUUUUUAUGUGUCCACAUUGUCUGCUUUUUUGAUAGCUUAGACCACCUUUUUUGUUUUUGAGCUAGAGACUUAAUUUUAUACCCUGCCCAUCUGUUUUGGGCUUCAUUUUAGGCUCAUAUUUCAGAUCUGCAUGCAGUGCUGGUCACCCUGGUAACUAAUGUUGGUCCUUUGCUCCAGGGAUUCAGCAUUGGUUUCCAAGUUAUUACAAGCUUGUGGUGGCACAAGCUAUGGAUCUGUGUAUAAAAGUUACUGGCCUUUCUCCAUUUACCUGCUGUAGUAUUGUAUAUUGUGUGUUUUAUGUGAUGUCAGGCUGCCCUGUAAAAUUUUAAGACAAAACUUAAAUGCAGACCAUCCCUUUUUUGCAUGCUUAGAAGGUAGAAUGUUCAAUGUAAGAAAGUUAAAGUUGCAUGUUUAAAAAAUGUUUAGGUUUUUAGGUUUUUUUAAUUUUGUUUUUGUUUUUUUGUGAAUUUGCUUAUUGUGCUGUUUUAAUGGUGGUAGUAGGAUUAAAUGCACUAGUGAGGCAAACAUAGUGCCAACAGGAGGUAACUUUCCAGUUGUAUGUGUCAUGCAGCGUUUGAAGGGACCAUGUACUUUGUUCAAAAAAAAAAAAUUAGUUCAAAUUAGUACUAGGCUUUUUUUGUGCCAAAUCCUAAAUUGUGAUGAAGUAGAAUCAUAUUAGAAACCCAGGCAAUAGUGCAAAAAGCUAUUUUUGCUGGAUAAUUUUUAACUUCCUUAAAUUGGUGCGUUUUAAAAAUUAAGACUUCUCCAUGGAUAUAUUAAUCGCAACCAUUUCAAAGAACCAAAAACAAAAAACAAAAAUAAAUGUGUGGUUCCUUGGAAAUGCUGUGCUUUUUAUAGUUUUCAUCAUUAGUGCAAUUUGGAUGGUUCUUGCUAUGUGUAUAGUUCAAAGGUCUUCGUGUUCACAUUUUAAAAUUAGGUAAAUGACUUCAUCUCUAGAGCUUGGUUUCUUUUUUUUUUAAUGAUGUAGACAGUUCCCUGUUCUCUGCAUUUAGAAGUAUAAACACUUUAAAUCUUUAAAUCUGUUACUUAAUUCUGUAAGUAAUUUUUAUAAUUAUGAUGUAACUCUAUCCUUAAAACAUUUAAAAUAAACCCUUUAUGUGCAA